UGGUGUCAUGAAGUCAGUGUGUUACUACGGCACGUGUCGCUGCGUGCCCGGCUACAGCUUCAACCCCGGUGACGACACCUGCCUCCGACAUUGCGCGAGGUACGGGAACAGCAUGUCGUCCUACCCAGGACUUGGGAUAACUGAACACAAUUUAAGAGCCAAGAAAAACACGGCCAUGCAAGAAUGUGUGAAGGAGUGUGUGUUUGAGAAGAAUUUCUUGUGCGUGAGUGCAGAUACGUAUAGUAAUGAUGAAUCAUGUAACUUGCAAGGCGUCGGCUACCUUGAGGUACACAAACGCAGUCGUGAAACGGGGCAAACUAACUGGACAUAUCUACACCGAGACUGCGCCAUGUAGGAACAUCUUGCCUGUUCUGACAGACAGGUGUAGGAACUUCUUGCCUGUUCUGACAGACAGGUGUAGGAACAUCUUGCCUGUUCUGACAGACAGUUGUAGGAACAUCUUGCCUGUUCUGACAGACAGUUGUUGGAACAUCUUGCCUGUUCUGACAGACAGGUGUAGGAACUUCUUGCCUGUUCUGACAGACAGGUGUAGGAACAUCUUGCCCGUUCUGACAGACAGGUGUAGGAACGUCUUGCCUGUUCUGACAGACAG